GUUUGGUGUCUCUGGCUGUAGUCCUCUCACAUCUCUACCGUCAAACAGCAGUAGGGGAGGAGAGACCAUGUGUCGGUGCGUACGGGAGGGGGUAAUGGCAUAAUCUCACAUUAAAGAGCACGCUAGUGAUUUCUGCGGAGCAGUGUGCUUGCUUUCGAAGCUACGUGUCAGGUUUCGUAUCACCUGCUCCAGAAGAGAGGGAGAAUCCUGACGGAGCAUUUGCCAGUUUGAAGAUUGUUUGGCGCUUGGAUGAGCUGGAGAUGUCGGCGAUGGUGCAGACGCCCAAGCUGCAGGCCAGCGAGGACUUUGACCAGUGCGGUGCGGAGUAUCAGAGCCUCUCCAACCAGGACUACUACUCUCAACUGGAGGCUCUGAAGAGAAUGCACCUGCAGAACAUAGCACACCUGGACGUCAUGUACCUGAACGAGCUGAGCGCUAGCAAGGGCAAGGCGUCUCAAGAGGCUCAGAUGAGCGAUAAAGAUGAAAUAGACGGUGCUCAGGAAGCGGAUGAGUCUUUGCCAGCCAAGCGAGGGACUAACACCAUCCCCAGACAGGACAUAAAGCUUCAGCAGAACUCGGCCAGCAAGUCAGACAUAUCUGGGAGCCGGGCGAUGGAGGUAGAGAAGGCGAAGAAGAAGGAGAAGAAGGAGAAGGAGGAGAAGGAGGAGGAGGAGAAGGAGGAGAAGGAGGAGGAGGCAGCUGGGCAAGCUAGCAGACAGAGCAGUGGAGUCAGAGAUGAGGCUAAGAGUUCAAAGCCACGAGCGCAGCCAGAACGAUGGGCCGCCUCCAAGCCAGCCAGCGCCGCCGCAAAACACCAGCCGAGGGCCCCCAGCAGACGGCCCUCGGGGGCAGAACCUUCCAGCAGGAUCGCCAAGGUGACCGUGCCCAAGCCCUUCAAGAUGAUGCUGCGCGAGGACGACAAGAAGCGGCGGAACCAGAAGACGCGCUCCGAGGUGGAGCUGGAGAACACGCUGCUGCGCAAGGAGCUGACGGAGCUGCGCGAGUGCCGGCGCCAGUUCCGCGCCACGCCCGCGCCGCCGCCGCCACGCACGCGCCCGCCCCUGAGCGAGGUCUUCGGCCAGCGCGCCGCCGGCGGCAGGAGCCGAACGACCUCUCUGGACCGCGCCGCUCGUGCCGACCCGGGCACCAACCGGCGCGCCGGCGGCAGCCGAGAUAUUUCACCGGAGCCCUUCAGUUUCAUCGAGCGCGAGCGCAGGAAGAGGGAGGUGAGGCUGGAGGCGGUCCUCAGCAGCCCGACCUCCAGGGAGGAGCGCUGGGUCUUCAAGGCCAGGCCUCUGCCCCGGCUCUACAGGGCCGCCUCCGACGACUACCACCUGUUCGGGGCUACAGAAACGCACAGCAGAGGCGAGGAGCAGCACCGCGGGCCAGACGUGAGCAGAGAGCGCCUCAAACACACAGGGAGGCUGGAGGACGAGAGGGGCGGUGUGGAGGUGGAGGAGGAGGAAACGGAAGAGAAGUCUGAGGAUGGAGAACAUGGAGCGGAUGAGUCCACGGAUGGAGCGGAGACGCCGAUACUAUGCAGUAACUGGAGGCUGAGGAGGAAGCCGUCGCUGGCAAGCAAAGGACUGCUGGUGGAGGGGGAGACCGGGGGGGUACGGAGGGGCAGGGAGGGGGGAGACCAGGGGGGUGCGGGGGGGCAGGGAGGGGGGCAGGGAGAGGGACUGGUCCUACAUCCACCCCAUCCGGCGCACCAGCAUCAGUCUGAACCUGGCUUCCUCUUUCUCUGUCAGCCAGGAGCAGCUGCCAACUGGCAAGAGCGACUACAUCAGUGUGUGAGAGCCGGCGGGGGCAUUGUUAUGGCAGUACGCAGCGCACUGGUUAUGCACUGACAGCACUUGCUACAGGAAAAUAGGAAGGCUGACAUUUGAUCCGACAGGCCUGUACGAAACUAUAAUCAAGGUUAGAAAUCAAGGUUCAUGCACAGUACGUAUAUAUGUAUGUAUAUAGGUGAAGUAGAUACUUCAAAAUUCAAGUUUUAGAUUUUAGUUUUUUAUCGAGGUACAUGUCCGUAUAUGUUUUUCAUGUGCAAAAUAAAGCAACGAUCUUAAUGUUCAAUAUACAAUGUGUUCAACAGGAAUUCUGUAAACUAACUCAAAGUAGCUUUUUACAAAUAAAGGUUUUGUGAUGCCACUCAGUAAACUCCUAAAUGACACAAACUCAC